UGCAGCCACAGCCCAGACAUUCUCUGCCCUGUAGAGCGAAGCCCUCAUCAGCCCAUCAUGGCAACGGCAGCGCUGUGGACCUGGGCCCUGGUGCUCCUCUUUACCUGGGCCUCCCCGGUGGAACCAAUGAAAGCUCAUCCCCGCAAGCACAUCAACAGCAUCUGCAGCGUUUGGGGCAAGGACCACUUCAAGACCUUCGACGGGGACAUCUACCAGUUCCCCGGCAUGUGCGAAUACAACCUGGUGUCUGACUGUCACGAGGCCUACCUGGACUUCUCCGUGCACAUGAAGAGAGCAGAGGUCAAUGGUCACCCCACUGUCAGCCGAAUAGUGGUCACCAUUAAAGACCGGAUCAUCGUGCUCACCAGGAACCUGGUCACCAUGAAUGGAGAAAAAAUCACCACACCGUACUAUGGUGCAGGAGUCCUGCUGGACACGAACACAAUCUACACCAAACUCUACUCUAAACUGGGCCUCAGUGUCAUGUGGAAUGGAGAGGAUGCUGUCACUCUGGAACUAGACUCCAAAUAUCAAAACCGCACCUGUGGUCUCUGUGGAGACUUCAAUGGUAUCCCCCUCAACUUCGAAUUCCUGGAAGAGGGUCGUGAGAUAAGCCCCAUUGAGUUUGGGAAUCGUCAGAAGGUCCACCUUCCCACUGAGCUCUGUGAGGAUCCCCCUGAGGAAGAUGAGUUUGAGGAUUCUGGUCUCGACAAAUGUUCCAAGUUUCGUGAUGGCUGUACCAAGCUUCUGCAAUCUGAGGACUGGAAGUCAUGUGCCCGGGCUCUCAGCCCUGGGCCCUACAUCCAGGCCUGUGUGCAGGACAUGUGCAGCUGUGGGGACGUCCCGGACGACUUCUGCAUCUGCAGCACCCUCGCCGAAUACUCCCGACAGUGCUCGCACGCCGGAGGCACGCCGCCCAACUGGAGGACCCAAGACUUCUGUGUGAAGCAAUGCCCCUUGAACAUGGUGUAUGCGGAGAGUGGCUCGGCGUGCAUGAACACCUGCACCAACAGAGACACCAGCCAGCUGUGCGAGGAGCACCACGUGGACGGCUGUGUUUGCCCUGAAGGCACAGUGUUUGAUGAUAUCUCUGAGAGAGGCUGCAUCAGGCAGGAGCAGUGCCAGUGUGUGCAUGACAAAGCGUACAACUCUGGGGAAGUGCUGCUGCAGGACUGCGAGGAAUGUGUUUGUAACCAGGGAAGGUGGUCCUGUAAGAGCCUGCCCUGCCCCGGACAGUGUGCUAUAGAGGGGGGGUCACAUGUCACAACCUAUGAUGGGAAAGCCUACACCUUCCAUGGAGACUGCUACUACAUCCUAACCAAGGACAAUGUGGGGUCAAAGUUCACUGUCCUGGGCCAGCUGGUCCCAUGCGGUUCUCAGGACCUGGACACUUGUCUGAAAUCAGUGGUGCUGCUGCUAAACAAUGACAAAAACAAUGCAUUGGUAAUUAAAGCAGACGGGAAAGUGAGUCACAAUGCUGAGAUCAGCCUGCCCUACAGCACAGCAAAUGUACACGUGUUCAGACCUUCGUCCUUCCACAUCAUACUGCAGACCGAUUUUGGAUUACAGCUGCACAUUCAACUCAUUCCCAUCAUGCAACUGUACAUAACCCUGGACCAGACGUACCUGACAAAAACAUGCGGCCUGUGUGGAAACUUCAACAUGGUCCUGCACGAUGACCUGAAGACCCCUCAGGGGCUGGUGGAGGGCACCGCUGCAUCUUUCGCCAACUCCUGGAAGGCCCAGGCCAGCUGCCCGAACAGGAUGGAACGACUGGAUGACCCCUGCUCACUCAGCAUAGAGAACGAAAAUUAUGCUGAGUACUGGUGCUCAAUGCUGCAAAGUCAAAAGAGUGAGUUUUCCAAGUGCCACACUAUGGUGGACCCUGAAGCCUACUACAGGAGGUGCAAGUACUCCAGCUGUAACUGUGAGAAGAGUGAAGACUGCCUGUGUGCUGUGUUCUCCUCCUAUGUGAGAGCUUGCCAGGCUAAGGGUGUGGAGCUUCAGGGCUGGAGGACCAAUAUCUGUGGCAAGUACACGGAGACCUGCCCCGCCUCCCAGACGUUCUCCUACCAGCUGCAGCAGUGCCAGCGGACGUGCCGAUCCCUCGGGUCCGAGCGACCGAGCUGCUCCACCGACUUCCUGCCUGUGGACGGCUGCUCCUGCCCCGAAGGCCUGUACCAGGACGACAGGGGCGUGUGCGUGCCCGUGGCCAAAUGCCCCUGCUAUCACAACGGUGACCACAUCAAGCCUGGAAAAUCCAUCACCAUAAAGGAGGAGCACUGUGUGUGCUCCAAUGGGAGGCUUCAUUGCCGGUCUUGGAAAGCACGGUCGGAGAGAUGCCCGUCUCCGAAGGUCUUCUUCAGCUGCUCCUCAGCAGAUGCGAACGCACAAGGGAUAGAGUGUGCACGCACCUGCAGCAACCUGGGUGGUGACUGCUUCUCCUCUGAAUGCGAGUCCGGGUGCCAGUGUCCGAGUGGGCUGCUGGACGACGGGAGGGGGAACUGCGUGAAGGAGCACGAGUGCCCGUGCCUCCACGACGGCCACUUCUACGCCCCUGGAAGACAGAUCCCAGACCGGUGCAACACAUGUACAUGUACCAGGGGGAUGUGGAAUUGCACGGAUCACAUAUGCCCCGGCUCCUGCACCAUCUAUGGCAGUGGCCACCACCUGACCUUCGAUGAGCGGAGGUUUGGCUUUCGUGGACAAUGUGGUUAUGUGGCUGUGCAGGACAAAUGUGGAAAUAAGACAGGGAUGGCAAAUUUCCGGGUGAUCACAGAGAACAUUCCGUGCGGAUCUACUGGCACAACUUGUUCAAAAUCAGUCAGGAUUUUCCUCGGGAGCACUGAGCUGAAGCUGUCUGAGGGGAAGGUUGAGCAGGUGAGCAGCAAUGGCUUGAUGUUUAUAGAAUACAAAGUGAGGACCGUCGGCUUGUACAUCGUCGUGGAAUCCAAAAUCGGGUUCUCCGUGGUCUGGGAUCGCAAAACAACCGUUCGCAUCAUCCUGGAACCAGACCAUAUGGGAAAGGUGUGUGGUCUGUGUGGGGACUUCGAUGGCGAUGCCAAAGAUGACUUCACCACCCAGGGGCAGCUGGUAGUGAGCAGCCCCUUGGAGUUUGCCAACAGCUGGAAAGUCUCCAGCUCCUGCCCGGAUGCCGCAGAAGACACGGACCCGUGCAGCCUAAACCCCCACCGACACGGCUGGGCAAUGCUGCAGUGCAGCAUCAUCAAAGGCAACACCUUUAAGAACUGCCAUGACAAGGUAGACCCCAUCCCGUACUAUGAAAACUGUGUGAGCGACUCGUGCGCGUGUGACAGCGGGGGAGACUGUGAGUGCUUCUGCACGGCUGUGGCAGCUUACGCGCAGGCCUGCAACGAAGCUGGAGUCUGCGUCGCCUGGAGGACUCCAGACCUGUGCCCUGUCUACUGUGACUACUUCAACGCCCCGCAUGAAUGCCAAUGGCACUACAGUCCCUGCCACCCCGCCUGCUACAAAACCUGCUUCAACCCAGAUGCCAUAUGCAGCGAUCUUCUACCCAAUAUGGAAGGCUGUUACCCCUCGUGUCCACCUGAUAAGCCUAUAUUUGAUGAGGCAAAACAGAUUUGUGUGGAGAAAUGUGAUGGUUGCUACAUCAAUGAUACUGAGUACAGGCCAGGCGAGGAGGUCCCCACAGAGAAACCGUGCACCUCUUGUAUUUGCGUUGGAAAUGAAACUGUCACAUGUGAACAUAAGCGUGGGUGUUGUGUGUACAACGGGACCGAAUAUGAUGAUGGUGACAUUAUUUAUGAUGUGACUGACAACAUGGGAAUGUGCUACUAUGCCAUCUGCAAGAACGAAACCGUCAUUCAUGGAAAUGAAACAUGUACCACAACGCCACGACCAACCACAACACCAGUUACUACUACAACUGUACCACCAACACCAACCACAACCCCAGUUACUACUACAACUACUGAAACACCAACACCAACCACAACCCCAGUUACUACUACAACUACUGAACCACCAACAACAACCCCAGUUACUACUACAACUAAACCACCAACACCAACCACAACACCAGUUACUACUACAACAACAAAACCACCGACAACAACACCAUGCAUUGAAUGUGACUGGUCUGACUGGUUUGACGUAGAUAAACCAUCGUUCAAUAAAGGCGAUUGGGAAACAUAUAAAAACAUCACUGCCAGUGGAAAAGAAGUGUGUCAAGAUCCUCAAGAUAUUGACUGCAGGGCUGCAUCAGCUCCAGAUAUGAGUCUAGACGAGUUUGUAGGCCAAACAAACCAAGUAGUGCACUGCAAUAUCUCAUUUGGUUUAAUAUGUAAAAAUGAAGAACAAGUAGCACGUCCAUAUAAAUGCGUUAACUACAAAAUCAAACUUUACUGCUGCAUUCCAUGUGCAGGAGCACAUGGAUCCACAACACCAGUUACUACUACAACAACUGAACCACCAACCACAACACCAGUGACUACUACAACAACUGAACCACCAACACCAACCACAACCCCAGUUACUACUACAACUACUGAAACACCAACACCAACCACAACCCCAGUUACUACUACAACUACUGAAACACCAACACCAACACCAACCACAACCCCAGUUACUACUACAACUACUGAAACACCAACACCAACACCAACCACAACCCCAGUUACUACUACAACUACUGAAACACCAACACCAACACCAACCACCCCAGUUACUACUACAACUACUGAAACACAACACAACACCAACACAACCCCAGUUACUACUACAACUACUGAAACACCAACACCAACACCAACCACAACCCCAGUUACUACUACAACUACUGAAACACCAACACCAACACCAACCACAACCCCAGUUACUACUACAACUACUGAAACACCAACACCAACCACAACCCCAGUUACUACUACAACUACUGAAACACCAACACCAACACCAACCACAACCCCAGUUACUACUACAACUACUGAAACACCAACACCAACACCAACCACAACCCCAGUUACUACUACAACUACUGAAACACCAACCACAACACCAGUUACUACUACAACUACUGAAACACCAACACCAACCACAACCCCAGUUACUACUACAACUACUGAAACACCAACCACAACACCAGUUACUACUACAACUACUGAAACACCAACACCAACACCAACCACAACCCCAGUUACUACUACAACUACUGAAACACCAACACCAACACCAACCACAACCCCAGUUACUACUACAACUACUGAAACACCAACACCAACACCAACCACAACCCCAGUUACUACUACAACUACUGAAACACCAACCACAACCCCAGUUACUACUACAACUACUGAAACACCAACACCAACCACAACCCCAGUUACUACUACAACUACUGAAACACCAACCACAACCCCAGUUACUACUACAACUACUGAAACACCAACACCAACCACAACCCCAGUUACUACUACAACUACUGAAACACCAACCACAACCCCAGUUACUACAACUACUGAAACACCAACACCAACCACAACACCAGUUACUACUACAACAACAAAACCACCGACAACAACACCAUGCAUCUGUAUUGUGAACGGCACAUAUUAUCAUCCAGGAGCGACAAUAGUAAACAUGACACAUAUUGGAUCUGGCAUAUGCCUCACUAUGAUCUGUUCUGAUAUCUGUAAGAUUGAGAACAGCACCGACAUAUGCCCUGUUACCCCAACGCCACCCAAACCCCCAGCUCCAACCACAACACCAGUUACUACUACAACUGAACCACCAACACCAACCACAACCCCACAAUCUACAAAACAUCCUGGAUGCCCUGAAUGGGGUGUACUUAAAAAUGAAACGUUUCUGCUUUGUAACUGCACAAUGGCAGUGUGCAUUGAGGACAACAUCAUUGCAAUUGUUCCCUAUGAGUGUCCCCCUCUGAAAGAGAUCACCUGCACUAACGGGAAGAAACCAGUUCUGCAAAUGGAUAAAUAUCAGUGCUGCGAGGAGUAUGUCUGCGACUGUGACUGUGAGGGGUGGGGAGACCCCCACUAUAUAACCUUUGAUGGGGAGUUCUACAGCUUCCAGGGGAACUGCACAUAUGUGCUGAUGGAGGAGAUCAUGGUUUGGUACAAACUAAAGAUCUACAUCGACAAUGUCCACUGCGACCCCGCGGAAGUGGUGUCCUGUCCGCGCUCCCUCAUCGUGGUCUACGAGGCCCACACCUUUGUCCUGAAGAAUCACAACCUUCUUGGCGCUGCUGAUCUGGAGGCUAUUAUAAAUGGAGCUCCUGGACAGAAACUCCCAUAUCUCAGGAACAACAUUAAAAUCAUCAACACCGGGAUUGACCUGGUGCUGGAGAUCCCCGGUCUGGGCGUGGUGAUUACCUUCGGGGUCACCGGGUUCAGUAUCCACCUCCCCUUCAAGUUCUUUGGGAACAACACACAGGGACAGUGCGGAACCUGCAACAACAACAAGGCGGACGACUGCAUGCUGCCCGGGGGCCAGCUGGUGGACUGUGCCGUCAUGGGAGACUACUGGCUCGUUGAGGACCUGUACAGGCCCGACUGCUCUGUUCCACCCUCCCUGCCCACCAGUGCUCCGGGCCCCAGCCCCACAGACAAACCCUGCGGCCCCAACCCUAUCUGUGACCUCCUCAAGAGCAGCCUGUUCGCAGAAUGCCACGCGGUCGUCUCGCCGGAGCCCUUCUUCCGCGGCUGCGUGUUCGACAGCUGUCACAUGGUCAACCCCACGGUGGAGUGCACCAGUCUGCACACCUACGCUGCGACCUGCAUGGGCUCAGGCAUCUGCGUGGACUGGAGGAACCAAACAGAGAAAUGCCCGAGUAACUGCCCUCCAGACAAGGUGUAUAAGCCAUGUGGCCCUGCAGAACAGCCUACCUGUGAAGACACUGAUGAGGACCCUUCCAUGCGGUUUAUGACAGAGGGCUGCUUCUGCCCCGACGGCAUGAAGCUCUUCAACAAGGAGUCCGGGGUGUGCGUAGCGAAAUGCGGAUGUCUGGAUCCCAACGGGGAGCCACGAGAGUUCAACGAAGUCUUCCAGUACAAGUGUCAGGACUGUAUUUGUGACGAGCCCACCAAAACGGUGAUCUGUAAGCCCAUGAGUUGCCCAGGCCCUGGUGCGAUUAGCUGUACUAAACCAGGAUUCGUCAUCAUCAAUGAGACCAACCCAGAAAAUCCCUGCUGCUCGCAACUGGUCUGCCGCUGCGACAGCAGGACGUGUCCAGCCCUUAACCCAAAGUGCAAAGAGGGGUAUAUUCCUGUGAUCAGUGUCCCAGAGGGGGAGUGCUGUCCUACAUACGAAUGCGAACCGAAGAAGGUGUGCGUUCACAACAACAUGGAAUAUCUGCCUGGGGCAUCAAUACCAGUGGAAGAGUGUCAGGACUGCACCUGUACUACAGAGGUGGACCCCCAUUCUGGCCUGUACAAAAUGAGCUGCUCCUUAGUGCCCUGCAACCAGGACUGCGAACCGGGCUUCAGGUACAUUGAGACUCCUCAGGACAAGUGCUGUGGCAAGUGUGUUCAGACUCACUGUGUGGUAGAAAUCGAUGGAAAAAUUCAGCUGCUUGAGCACGGUCACACCUGGUCUCCUCCUGGAAACAAGUGUGUGGUGCACAGCUGCAUUAGAAUCAACGGGACCUUCGUCUCCACGCUCUCCAACAUCAAGUGCCCCCCCUUCCAUCCCAGCAACUGCCAGCCGGGGACAAUUCAGGUGUCUGCUGACGGCUGCUGUAACGUUUGUGUGGAGAAGGAGCGGGCCUGUAAGGUAGAAACCACGAGGACCCACAUCUUUCAUGCGAACUGCCAGUCGGUGGACGAGAUUGACAUGACGUACUGCGAGGGAGCCUGUAACACCUUUUCCAAGUACAAUGCUGCAUCCGUCUUCAUGCAGCACUCCUGCACCUGCUGCCAGGAGUCUCGGACCAGCAACCGCACGGCGAACCUGCUGUGCCUGAACGGGGAGCUGCUCCCCUACUCCUACGUUCACGUGGAGGAGUGCCGCUGCAAGGUCACCGACUGCUACGCCCUCAACGAGGCGGCCAGGCCCGUCCGCCCCAAGCGCGCGGGCCGCUCUCUGCCGUAGACGCCGUCCGCUGGCCCGGCGAUGCUGCUCAUCUGCCGGACUCCCCGCGACGCGGCUGACUCUGCAGCGCCGCUGUCCGCUUACUCCGACUGCUCAUAUUUAAUGUUCUUUAAUCUGUUGCCGACUGGCUUAACAAAAUAGCGAUUGUACGAUCUACUUAACUUUAGCCUGUGUCAGUAAAAAAAAAAUAUUAAAUCUAAUGUUUCAAAUAAAAAUGCAAUUUCAAAAUGCC